GUACCCGCGCAGCCGCAUUUCAGUGGUUAAGUCCUCAGUCUGCGCAUACCUCUCCGGCUUCCUAGAACGAGGAAGUUUAUUCUGUAUAUGGUAGAGGCGCUUUUUAGCUUUCGAUUUUAACAGAAAAAACGUAGACUAAUUAUGCGGAUGUUUUAAUUUGGUGGUUAGUAAGAAGCAAAAAUCUACUACUACUCCUGCUCUGGGCUACAAGCUGCAGAACCCUGUCGAAGUUGCCGGAUUCAGCCUUUGUUGGAGUUGUUUGGCUGUUUUUCCUCAAACACAGAGGCUACCAGUGAGAGAAAACGAAACCUCGCAGUUAUACAGAACGCUUUAGGCUAAAUUCAGGACCUUUCAGAGCAAUCGUGUGUCAAAUGCAGGCGAUUAGCUACAAGCCUAAAACAAUGUUUUGUGCCUUUAUGUUUCACCCUAGGUUCAAAGUCCCAUUCCUUAACUUGUAAGGUCGAAGUGCAACAGUUCAAGAGUUUGCUUGGUUGAAAGCGUCGUAUUCUGAUCUGAGCUUAUGUUUGUAGAGAAUGGCCCAUUAGACAUGAACUGCUUCAUGGUACAGCUAGUCUAACAGAAUAGCCUGAGCGUUAGAGGACUCAGUGGAUUUUUCACGUUUUGUUUUUUUGACGCGGAGACCGUGUGAAAGAAGGACGUUAAGUCACGGCUGUUACACAACAGUGACUACGCUUGAAUAUACCGACAUGGAACCACCGACAGCAGCAAAGAUCCAGAAAAUUCUAUAUAUCACGUACAUCAUCGCUGCUUUGGACAUUACGCUGCUUUUCGUACAGUUUUCAAUAACUCCGUAUUUGGCAAGAAGGCUGGGAUUUGACACGCUAUGGUUUGGGUACCUGCAGACAACUGUGGGAGUAAUCCAGCUUCUGGGGGGCCCUGUGUUUGGCAGGUUUGCUGAUGUGUUUGGAGCUCGGGCUGCUCUCACUGUAUCUUCCAUGGCAUCCGUGGUAUACUUUUUGCUGCUUGCAGUAGCAGACAGCACCAUAUUGCUCUUUCUGCACAAACUACCUGCUGUGUUCAUGCAUGCUUUGCCAGGAGCACAGAUGGUUGUGGCAGACCUAUCUGCAAGUGAGAAGCGAGCGGAAGGCCUGGCAAAGCUUGGUCUGUGUUUUGGUAUAGGCAUGAUCACAGGAUCGUCUUUGGGGGGCACCCUCAGCACGCGCUAUGGGGAGAAGUUUGCGGCAUAUGUGGCUGCUGGGGGAAGUUUGAUCAGUCUACUGCUUGUGCUGAAAUUCAUUCCUAAACACACCAAAAAACACAACGCAAAGGAGAGCAACAGAAAGGGAGCUGGCUCUGUGUUUAACUUGGGAGAGAUUGUCAGACUGAUGAAGUUUCCAGGUGUUGCAAAGACAUUCACUGUGAAGAUUAUCUCAGGACUGCCAUCAGGUGUGUUUCAGGUCAUGUUCUCCAUUAUUGCCAUGAACGUUUUCCAUCUUAAGGCAGAGCAAAAUGGUUACCUGAUGGCCUACAUCGGUGUGGUGCAAAUGGUGAUUCAGGGUGCUGUUAUUGGACGCCUGACCACCAGAUAUCCUGAGAAUUCUUUACUGCUGUUCUCAGUAGGCCUGAGUAGCUUGGUGGGACUUUCACAGGCUCUAAUGGCCAACGUGUUCCAGUUCUGCUUUGUUGUCGUGCCCAUGAUGUUCUCGCUGAGCAUCUUCAAUGUCAUCACAGACAGCAUGCUAACAAAAAGUGUCCCAGCAUCUGACACUGGCACCAUGCUGGGUUUGUGUGCUUCUGUGCAGUCUUUGCUGCGCACAAUCGGGCCAACCAUUGGGGGUUUCCUUUAUGAGACGUAUGGAGUGGCAUCAUUUGGAUACAUUCAGUUCACCAUCAAUGCCACCCUCUUUAUCUUGCUAUUCAUGUCUAGGAGAAAAACAUCCCAAAACAAAUGAACACUGCUGACCUUAGUGACCUUGGCGAACAUGGCAUGUUAUUUGGCACUAGAUGUGCUGGUUCUAGCAUCUCCCAAAUGGCUGACAUUCUGGGCUUUCCCUGCACAACUGUUUCAAGUUACAUGACACAUACUGUUGAUUAAUUUGACUCUCAAAUCAAUGUACCACUCUUUUAGAUCAAAUCAGUUUAUGUACAGCACAUUUAAAUGUUUAACACUUUUGUUUCAUUUGUUCACAAAAGGUCAUGAAACAAUGUGAAGAACUGCUCUGACUUUUAUGUGAGUGUUGUAAAGAUAAGUAAAUGAUCGAUAAUCUCAG